AUGUCAACGCCGGGACACCCCACGCGCAAUCUGGAAGACUGCCUCAGUAAACUGCUCCUUCACAUCAUGAGCUCUAAAAACGUACCCCCAACGCCAUUACUGUCCGAACAGCAUAAUGGGAUCCCACCGAGGCUAUUCGAAAAGGCGCAGGAGGCCAAGUCCGCCAUCUUCGACAUUGCCACCAAGUCCAAGAAUGAACGAACCAAAGUGGCUUUGCCCCAGGGUAUCAACCAGGCCACGUUCCGUGUUGCAAUUGCAGAGCUCCACGAUCGGCUCGGCGAGGAAUAUGUAGAGUUUGUGACAAGGCUGGAUGAUGGGUGGUAUAUGGAGAAAGAACGAUUAGACCCCAACACCCACGAUGGAAUGCACGUAUCCUCCGAAGAAGACUUCGUCGCCUCCGUCGUCGUAUACCCCGGCAGCACAGAAGAGGUUCAAACAAUCGUCCAAUGGGCCAACCACUACCGCAUCCCCAUCUCCCCGAUCUCCAUCGGCCGAAACUAUGGCUACGGCGGCGCCGCCCCCCGCGUCCGCGGCGCCGUAGUCUUGGACCUCGGCAGACGAAUGAACCGCAUCCUUGACAUCAAUCCGGAUGACUGUACCUGCCUCGUCGAGCCAGGCGUGACCUACUUCGCCCUUUACGAAGAGAUCCGUGCGCGCGGCUACAAGAACCUCUGGAUCGACGUACCCGAUAUUGGCGGGGGCUCGGUUCUGGGAAAUGCACUCGACAGAGGUGUUGGAUAUACACCCUAUGGAGACCAUUGGAUGAUGCAUUGUGGUAUGGAAGUUGUUUUGCCGACGGGUGAAGUGAUUCGGACGGGGAUGGGGGCCUUGCCGGGGAAUAAUAGCUGGCAGCUUUUCCCUUAUGGGUUUGGGCCGACGGCUGAUGGAAUUUUCUCCCAAUCGAAUAUGGGGGUCGUGACGAAGAUGGGAUUUGGAUUGAUGCCGAAUCCUGGAGAUCAUGAGAGCUAUCUUUACACAUUCCCCAAUGACGAAGACCUGAGCCAACUGAUCGAAAUAAUCCGGCCCCUACGCAUCGCCAUGAUCCUCGAAAACGUCGCCCAACUCCGUCACAUCAGCAUGCAAAUCGGUCUAGAAGGCAAACCCCGCAGCUUCUACUACAACGGCCAAGGCCGAGUCCCCGACUCCUACAUCCACGAAGCAGCGCAGCACCUCGCCCACGGCGACUGCUCCUGGCUCUACUACGGCAUGGCAUACGGCCCCAAAGAAAUCCGACAAUACAAACUCGACAUCGUCCACAAAGAAUUCAUGAAAAUCCCCGGCGCAAAACGCAUCGACCCAUCCACCCUCCCGUCAACAGACUACUUCUGGGUCCGCGACCGCAUCGCCUCCGGCAUCCCAGACAUCGAAGAACUGCGCUGGGUGAACUGGCACCCAAACGGCGGACACGUAGCCUUCAGCCCCGUCUCGCCGGUCCGCGGCGCCGACGCAACAGCGCUGUGGGAAAUUGCGCGGAGAAGGUGCGAGGAGUACAAUCUCGACCUCUUCCCCACUUUCUGCGUGGGGCUGCGGGAGAUGCAUCUAAUCGUGGAAAUCGUGUUUAAUCGUGACGAUGUGCGGAUGCGCGAUAAUGCGGGCUUGUCUGCGGGCAAUGAUUGA